GUCGAGCAUGCUGCUUCCUGCCUGCUGGCUGGCGACUGCAGGCAACCCCGAGCCCCCCGCAAGACGGAUGAUCUGACCCUCCCCGCCUUUUUUCGACGAGACGAGCUCUAUCGGCUGCGAGGAGCGGACGCCAGAUACGUGAUGGGGAUCAAGGCUGCCCUCCCCAGAUAUGAGCUCUAUCUCUACACGGCCGUGCUGGCUGUGGCCAUGAUAUGGGCCACCACCUGGAUACUGGAGGCCUCCAACGAGAAUGUAAACAGGAAGGCGUUCAAACAAAGCGUGAAACCAGGAUGGUAUUACUUUGGCAGGAAAAUGGACGUUGCAGACUUUGAAUGGAUGAUGUGGUUCUCCACCUUCCGCAACCACAUACUCUUCGCCCUCACUGGUCAUGUGAUCUUUGCCAAGCUUUUCACCUUGCUGGCCCCAAAGCACAGGUCGUUGGUCUUCGGCGUGUACGGCGGUUUGGCGGUCCUGGUCACCAUGGGCUGGACCUUCCUGGCCUUGGUUCUGUCCCACUGCGUCGUACUCUACAGCGUGGCCAUGAUCAAAAGCAAAUGGAUGUGCUUCGCCGCAGGCUUGGCCACGCUGGCCUCCAUCAAGCUGGAGCCGUAUAACUCCUGGCAGGAAUCCUUGGUGACCGGCUCUUUCCAACUGCAAGACAUCCUCUUCUAUGGCGGCUGCGGCUUCAGCAUCAUGCGCUGUAUGAGCUUCGCUUUGGAGAACUGCGAGAAGAAAGACGGCAGCUACACCUUCUGUGACCUGCUGAGAUACAACUUCUACCUCCCUUUCUUCUUCUUUGGACCCAUCAUGACUUUUGACAAGUAUCAUGCUCAGGCCAACCACACCAAGCUGACCCGCAAGGAGAGGGAAAUGUGGAACAUCACCACCAAGGCCUUGUUGCACCUGGGUCUGGUCCUGGUUGUGGACGUCCUGUUCCACUACCUCUACAUCCUCACCAUCCCCAGCGACAUCAAGCUGGUGGGCAAGCUGUCUGAUUGGUGCCUGGCCGGCCUGGCGUAUUCCAACCUGGUGUACGAUUGGUUGAAGGCCGCAGUAAUGUUUGGCGUGAUCAACACGGUGGCGACACUGGACCACCUGGACCCGCCCCAGCCCCCCAAGUGUAUCACCAUGCUCUACGUCUUCGCUGAGACGCACUUUGACAGAGGCAUCAAUGACUGGCUGUGCAGGUACGUUUACGACUACAUCGGGGGAGACCAUGAUAAAAUCUUCAGGGAGCUCCUGGCCACCUUGUGCACCUUCGCCAUCACCACCCUGUGGCUGGGCCCGUGUGAGCUGGUCUACAUCUGGUCCUUCUUCAACUGCUUUGGACUGAACUUUGAGCUCUGGGUGGCCAAGUUCUUCUCCAUUCCUCCCUUUUCCACCGGGGAGGGUGCUAUGGGAGAAGCCAUGUCACGCAGGGUCCGAGGUCUGUUCAACGCCGCCAACUUCUGGGCCAUCGUCCUCUACAACGUCCUCUCCCUCAACAGCUUGGAGUUUGCCAAACUGGUCGGUAGAAGACUGAUUUUCAAAGGGUUCCCUCUGUCCACCGUUUCUGUGCUCCUUGUGACCUACUGUGGUGUGCAGCUGGUCAAAGAGAGGGAGCGUCUGCAGGCCCUCAGGGAGGAGGCGGAGGCGGUCCAGCCACUCGAUGGCGCCAAAGAAAAGGCAGAAUAGACGGACGCAAACCCACGUUUUGGUCCGCAUGCCUUGGAAAAAGGAGACGGUUGUGGGUUUUCACCACUCUCUGGCACAAAGACUCACCUUUAGUGCACUUCUUUGUAUUCUAUACGAGUCAACCAAAAAAUGCUUUCUUUGUUGGGAUAACAAUGAACGGACUUAUUUGGACUUUCCUCUCCAGCGGGCACAAGACACAAAAACAACGCUGAGAAUGUGUUGAAUUAGGUCCUAAACUAGAGAAAUUCAAUCAUAACGUUGAAAAACUAGGCUUUUUAACAACGUUAAAUCAAUGUUGGGUUCUGACGAUUUGACCAUUGAAUUUUGGUCAUUUUCCAACCAAUUGUCUACAACACAAAUGCAACAUUGAAAGAACAUGCUUUUUGACAACGUCUGAUCAAUGUUGGGUUCUGACUUUGGUUAGACCGUAGAAAUUUGGUCAUUUCCUAACCAAUUUUCUACAACACAAAUACAACGUUGAAACAACAUGCUUUUUGACGACCUUUAAUCAAUGUCGGGUUCUGACGUUGGUUAGACCGUUGAAAUUUGGUCAUUUCCCAACUAAAAUUCUACAAGGUUGAAACAACGUGCUUUUUGACAAUGUUUUAUCAAUGUUAUUGACCAUUGAAUUUUGGUCAUUUCCCAACCAAUUCUCUACAACACAAAUACAACAUUGAAACAACAUUUUUUCUGACGACGUUUAAUCAAUGUCAGGUUGUGACGUUGAUUUGACCGUUGAAAUGUGGUAAUUUCCCCAACCAAUAUUCUACAACACAAACGGAACGUUGAAAAAACAUGCUUUUUGACAACAUUUAGUCAAUGUUGGGUUCUGACGUUAAUUUGACCGUUGAAAAUUGGUCACUUCCCAACCAAUAUUCUACAACACUAAUACAACGUUGAAACAACAUACUUUUUGACAAAGUUUAAUCAAUGUCGGGUUGUGACGUUGGUUAGACCGUUGAAUUUUGGUCUUUUCCUAACUUUUCGACUAAUACAACGUUAAAACAACACGCAUUUUGACAACGUUUGAUCAAUGUUGGGUUCUGACUUUGGUUUGACCAUUGAAUUUUGGUCAUUUCUCAACCAAUUUUCUACAACACGAAUACGUUGAAACAACAUGCUUUUUGACAACAUUUAAUCAAUGUCGGGUUCUGACGUUGAUUUGACCGUUGAAAUGUGGUCAUUUCCCAACCAAUAUUCUACAACAUAAAUACAACGUUGAAACAACAUACUUUUUGACAAAGUUUAAUCAAUGUCGGGUUGUAACGUUGGUUAGACCGUUGAAUUUUGGUCUUUUCCCAACUUUUCGACAAAUACAACGUUGAAACAACACGCAUUUUGACAAUGUUUAUCAAUGUUGGGUUCUGACUUUUGUUUGACCGUAGAAAUUUGGUCAUUUUCCAACCAAUUUUCUACAACACAAAUACAACGUUGAAACAACAUGCUUUUUAACGACGUUUAAUCAAUGUCGGGUUCGGACUUUGGUUUGACCAUUGAAUUUUGGUCAUUUUUCAACCAAUAUUCUACAACACAAAUACAACGUUGAAACAACAUGCUUUUUAACGACGUUUAAUCAAUGUCGGGUUCUGACCUUGGUUAGACCAGUGAUAUUUGGUCAUUUCCCAACUAAAAUUGUACAAGGUUGAAACGACGUGCUUUUUGACAAUGUUUUAUCAAUGUCAUUGACCAUUGAAUUUUGGUAAUUUCCCAACCAAUUCUCUACAACACAAAUACAACGUUGAAACAACAUGCUUUUUUUACGACGUUUAAUCAAUGUCAAGUUGUGACGUUGAUUUGAUCGUUGAAUUUUCGUUGUUUCCCAAUCAAUAUUCUACAACACAAAUACAACAUUGAAACAACAUGUUUUCUAACGACGUUUAAUCAAUGUCAGGUUGUGACGUUGAUUUGACCGUUGAAAUGUGGUCAUUUCCCAACCAAUAUUCCACAACACAAAUACAACGUUGACACAUGCUUUUUGACAACGUUCAUUCAAUGUCAGGUUGUGAUGUUGAUUUGACCGUUGAAAUAUGGUAAUUUCCCAACCAAUAUUCCACAACACAAAUACAACGUUGAAACAACAUGCUUUUUGACAACGUUCAUUCAAUGUCAGGUUGUGACAAUGACUUGACCAUUGAAAUUUGAACAUUUGCCAACCAAUUUUCUACAACUCAAACCUGACGUUGAAACAAUGUCCUUUUUGACGACGUUUAAUCAAUGUCAGGUUGUGACAUUGAUUUGACCGUUGAAAUGUGGUCAUUUCCCAACCAAUAUUCUACAACACAAACGCAACGUUGAAACAACAUGCUUUUUGACAACAUUUAAUCAAUGUCGGGUUCUGACGUGGAUCUGACCGUUGAAAUUUGGUCAUUUCCCAACCAAUAUUCUACAACACAAAUAUAACGUUGAAACAACAUGCUUUUUGACAAAGUUUAAUCAAUGUCAGGUUCUGACGUUGGUUAGACCGCUGAAUUUUGGUCUUUUCCCAACUUUUUGACAAAUACAACAUUGAAACAACACGCAUUUUGACAACGUUUGAUCAAUGAUGGGUUCUCACUUUGGUUUGACCAUUGAAUUUUGGUCAUUUCUCAACCAAUAUUCUACAACACAAAUACAACGUUGAAACAACAUGCUUUUUGAUGACAUUUAAUCAAUGUCAGGUUGUGAUGUUGAUUUGACCAUUUAAUUGUGUUCAUUUCCCAACCAAUAUUCUACAACACAAAUACAACGUUGAAACAACAUGCUUUUUGACAACAUUUAAUCAAUGUCAGGUUGUGACGUUGAUUUGAACAUAGAAAGUUGGUCAUUUCCCAAUCAAUAUUCUACAACACAAAUACAACAUUGAAACAACAUGCUUUUUGACAACGUUUAAUCAAUGUCGGGUUGUGACGUUGGUUAGACCGUUGAAUUUUUGUCUUUUCCCAACUUUUCGACAAAUACAAAGUUGAAACAACACGCAUUUUGACAACGUUUGAUCAAUGUUGGGUUCUGACUUUGGUUUGACCAUUGAAUUUUGGUCAUUUUUCAACCAAUUUUCCACAACACAAAUACAACUUUGAAACAACAUGCUUUCUGAUGACAUUUAAUCAAUGUCAGGUUGUGAUGUUGAUUUGACCAUUUAAUUGUGGUCAUUUCCCAACCAAAACUCUACAACACAAAUACAACGUUGAAACAACAUACUUUUUGACAAAGUUUAAUCAAUGUCAGGUUGUGACGUUGGUUAGACCAUUGAAUUUUGGUCUUUUCCCAACUUUUCGACAAAUACAACGUUGAAACAACCCGCAUUUUGACAACGUUUGAUCAAUGUUGGUUCCCGAUUGUAGCUGAGAUAGGCACCAGCGCCCCCCGCAACCCCAAAAGGGGAAUAAGCGGUAGAAAAAUGGAUGGAUGGAUGGGUUUCUGACUUUGGUUUGACCAUUGAAUUUUGGUUAUUUCUCAACCAAUAUUCUACAACAUAAAUACAACGUUGAAACAACAUACUUUUUGACAAAGUUUAAUCAAUGUCAGGUUGUGACGUUGAUUAGACUGUUGAAUUUUGGUCUUUUCCUAACUUUUCGACUAAUACAACGUUAAAACAACACGCAUUUUGACAACGUUUGAUCAAUGUUGGGUUCUGACUUUGGUUUGACCAUUGAAUUUUGGUCAUUUCUCAACCAAUUUUCUACAACACAAAUACAACGUUGAAACAACAUGCUUUUUGACAACAUUUAAUCAAUGUCGGGUUCUGACGUUGAUUUGACCGUUGAAUUUUGGUAAUUUCCCAACCAAUUUUCUACAACACAAACACGACAUUGAAACAACGUGCUUUUUGACAACAAUGUCGGGUUCGGACGUUGAUUUGACCGUUGAAUUUGGAUCCCUUUCCCACCAAUACUCUCCAACGUUGAAACAACAUGCUUUUUGACGUUUAUUCAACGUCAGGUGGUAACAAUGAAAUUCGGCCAUUUCCCAAGCAACAACUUGGAUCCAACAUUGCACACCAACGUUGUCCCAAUUUACAAAUACAACUAUUUUGCGACGUUGUUUUAUAGGACAGGUAGCUAUAAUCAACACAGGAUCAAUGUCUUGUGCCUGCUGGGUGAAAAGCAACAGAUGGGUGAUUACAACGCUAACACUGAUCAGGAGCAUGUUUCAAAGGGCUAACACGUAAAUGAGACAUGAAAAAGGUGUUGUGGGGUCGUCCACUUUGCAUGCAGCUAAUGGUUUUUAUGUACGUCUGUAACAAAAAAAAAAAAAAACAAGCCAUCCUGCUUCGGGCUUAAUAUCGACUUUGAAUGUGUUGCAGACUGCAGAGAAUGCCGUCCGGGCAUAUUUGCACAGAGCAAUGCUAAGCUAACAGUAUGUCACCAUCACAUGUUUACACUGUUUACACAUUGCCUUUUCUCAAUGGGGGAUUUUUAAUCCAUCAAAACAGAAAUAAAAAUGUUCUUCCAUCCAGAAGAAAA